GUGAUGUUCAUAGACAUUGGAUUGGAAGUUGGAAGACAAAUUUAUGGUGUAAUUUCAAAAGAAAGUGAUGAAAACAGAUGAAACUCAACAUAAAUAUUGACAUGCUGUGAAUAUAAUGAUACUUUCGUUUAUUCAUUAGAUAUUCAGUAUUAUUUAGUUAACAGAAUAUAUUUUGACAUACAUUGAGCAUGGAGAAGAAACCUGAACAAAGAGAAUCUCUGAGUACUUUCUUGGAUAAAUCUCCAAAACAUCAUGCUGACUUCGAUAAAAUAUUGAGACGAGAUGUUAUUAUAUCACCAACAGAAGAACAAUUUGAUUUGUUACUUAGAAAAAUUAAACAGCAACUUGGUGAAGGACGAGGGGAAAUUAUAGUGGAGAUUGGAGGUUCUGAUGAGUAUAGUGAUAGUGGAUUAUUAACAGAUGAGUUAGAUGCUGCUACAGCAACACUACAAUCCUUAGCAACAACUCUCGAAUGUAGCCUCAUUAAAUUGAGAGAGAGAAAAGAACCCAGGGGUAUAGUGGUGCAGUACUUAAUCAGGAAAAUAUUAGAGCCUACUGAUUUCCUAGAAAUUCGUGUAGCAGUUGUUGGUAAUGUGGACGCUGGAAAGUCAACUCUUUUAGGGGUAUUAACUCAUGGUGAAUUGGAUAAUGGCAGAGGGACUGCCCGGCAAAAAUUAUUUCGUCACAAACAUGAGAUGGAGACUGGUAGGACGAGUUCUGUUGGCAAUGACAUCCUAGGAUUUGAUAAAGAAGGCCAAGUUGUGAAUAAACCAGAACAUGGAACAUUAGAUUGGGUUAAAAUUUGUGAAAAGAGUUGUAAAAUCAUCACUUUCAUAGACUUGGCUGGACAUGAAAAAUAUCUUAAAACCACAGUUUUUGGGAUGACAGGACAUGCACCUGAUUUUGGGAUGUUAAUGAUCGGCGCAAAUGCUGGUAUAAUAGGCAUGACCAAGGAGCAUUUAGGCCUUGCUCUGGCUCUUUCAGUUCCAGUUUUUGUGGUGGUUACUAAAAUCGAUAUGUGUCCUCCUAAUAUAUUACAGGAAAACUUGAGGACUCUAGUGAAAAUACUGAAGUCCCCCGGAUGUAGAAAAGUUCCUGUAAUGGUCAAAUCGUUGGAUGACGUUGUCUUGAGUGCUACCAAUUUUGUAUCUGAAAGGUUAUGUCCAAUUUUCCAAGUUUCAAACGUUAGUGGUGAAAAUCUCCAGUUACUUAAGACUUUCUUGAAUCUCCUUACAACAAAAAUGGAAUACAAGGAGAAUGAGCCUGCAGAGUUUCAGAUCGAUGACACCUAUUCAGUGCCGGGUGUAGGAACAGUGAUUUCUGGAACUACACUGAAAGGUGUUAUAAGACUUAAUGAUACCUUGAUGCUCGGUCCUGAUUUACUAGGACAUUUCCAACCAAUCUCGAUUAAAAGUAUACAUCGAAAAAGAAUGGUAGUCAAGGAAGUAAGGGCUGGACAAACUGCCAGUUUUGCUCUGAAGAAAAUCAAAAGAUCUCAAAUAAGGAAAGGAAUGGUUAUGGUUUCUCCUACUUUGAAUCCCCAAGCUUGUUGGGAAUUUGAGGGUGAAAUUUUAAUUUUACAUCAUCCAACAACCAUAAGUUCCAGAUAUCAAGCUAUGGUUCAUUGUGGAAGUAUAAGACAAACGGCCAGUAUUGUAUCUAUGUCGAAAGAUUGCCUUCGUACUGGUGACAAAGCAUUAAUUCAUUUCCGAUUCAUAAAACACCCUGAAUAUGUGAUGCCAGGUCAGCGUUUAGUAUUUAGAGAAGGACGUACAAAAGCAGUUGGAAAUAUUACAAGGAUUUUUACCUCUUCCACUCCUACUCACACUGGAAAUAGAAAUAAGCAAAAUAAACAGUUAAAUAAAUAUAAUGCUACUGCUCAGUGCUGCAACUAAUGGUUAUUUUAAUAAACUGAUUAUUUUUAAAAAUGUUGAAAGAAAGUAAUAAUGAAUUUUUUAACUGAGUGUAGCUCAAAACUUUUUUGGUUUGUUGAAUACUUGAUCAACAAAUGAGAAAUUUUUUGUUUUUCGUUACCUUCUAGAACAUAUCAUGCAACAACGAUUUUGUCUUUUGAACACAAAUUGAUAUAUUUAUGAUGAACAGAUCCUUUAUUUAACAUGUCCACUUUGUAAUGGUUCGACUCUAAUCUGUGAAUAUUGUAAAUAUUGUUCAGUAGUUCAGAAAAUAUUUUUUGUUAUUUUAUAUUUUAUUGGAGUUUUAAGUUUUGAUGCUGAAAAUUUUAACCAAUAAUUGACCCUAAAUUUCCUCCAAUUUUGAAUUCAAAGUACAAAUGUUUUUGUAUCCUUUUAAUAGAAUAGUUGAACUAUCCAAACCUGCAAUAAAUCUUUAGAAUUUUA